ACAGGAGGCCAGGUGAGCCCUCAGGACAAGGGCGUCCCCACUAGUCCUCUGGGCAGGAAGCCCAUUCAGACAGGGACCCCUGAAGAGGAUAGGAGCUUGCUGUUCGGGACAUCUAGGGAGCUACAGGAGACCACAGGGAUUCCCUCCCAUGGCCCUGCCGUCUUUCUUCCUUAAGAGAAAUACCUGCUUUCCCAGAGAGAAACAGAUCCAGGAAUUCUCUUCCCCACUUGCCAGUGCCUUAGGGCUGCCAGAAGUCUUUGCCAAGCCGAGCUGUGCAGGACAGGCUGGAGGCAGGACCAUGAGCCCGCUCAGUUUCACUUUCAGUUUUGCUUUACCCGAAAUGACAGAGGAACCAGGAAGAAAGCUGCCAGCUGCAUCUUUCACUUCUGAGCCCUAGCGCUGCUGGGCACUGGCUCCUGCUGGCAGUGCUUCCUGUCUACAAACCCUGCAGCCCCAGGCCUCAGGAUGGACACCCUGGAGACCUCCAAGUCACUGGAUAAGGAGCUGUACUCGCGGCAGCUGUAUGUGCUGGGCUUGCCGGCCAUGCAGAGGAUUCAGGGAGCCAAGGUGCUGCUGUCUGGUCUGCAGGGCCUGGGGGCUGAGGUGGCCAAAAACUUGGUCCUGAUGGGUGUGGGCAGCCUCACUCUCCAUGAUCCCCACCCUACUUGCUGGUCUGACCUGGCUGCCCAGUUUCUACUCUCAGAGCAGGACUUGGGAAGGAGCAGGGCUGAGGCCUCUCAAAAACUUCUGGCUGAGCUCAAUGGAGCCAUUCAGGUGUGCGUCUACACAGGCGACAUCACCGAGGACUUACUGCUGGAUUUCCAGGUGGUGGUGCUGACUGCCUCGAGGCUGGAGGAGCAGCUGAGAGUGGGCACCUUUUGCCACAAGCAUGGAGUCUGCUUCCUGGUGGCGGACACCCGAGGCCUCGUGGGGCAGUUGUUCUGUGACUUCGGUAAGAACUUCACUGUGCAGGACCCCACGGAGGCAGAACCCCUGACAGCCGCCAUCCAGCACAUCUCCCAGGGCUCCCCUGGCAUUCUCACUCUGAGAGAAGAGGCUGAUGCCCACCACUUCCACACAGGGGAUUGGGUGACUUUCUCAGGCAUUGAGGGCAUGGUAGAGCUCAACGGCUGUGAUCCUCGGCCUCUCUACGUGCGGGAGGAUGGGACCUUGGAGAUUGGAGACACAACAGCUUUCUCUCCUUACUUACGUGGCGGGGCUGUCACUGAGGUCAAGAGAGCCAAGACUGUCAGCCACGAACCCUUGGACGCAGCCCUCCUUCAGCCCCGUGUGGUGGCCCAGAGUCCCCAGGAAGUUCACCGUGCCCGCUGCCUGCAUCAGUCCUUCCGCGCACUGCACAAGUUCCAGCAGCUCCAUGACCGCCCUCCCAAGCCUUGGGAUCCUGUUGAUGCAGAGAUGGUGGUGGACCUGGCCCAGGCCAUGGGACCACUGAAGGGGACAGAAGGCAAGCCUCUGGAAGAGCAGCUGGAUGAGGCUCUGGUGCGGACAGUUGCCCUGAGCAGUGCUGGUGGCUUGAGCCCCAUGGCAGCUGUGCUGGGUGCAGUGGCUGCCCAGGAAGUGCUGAAGGCGAUCUCCGGAAAGUUUAUGCCCCUGGACCAGUGGCUGUACUUCGAUGCCCUGGAUUGCCUUCCAGAAGAUGGGGACCCCUUUCCCAACCCUGAGGACUGUGCACCGAGACGCUGCCGCUAUGAUGGGCAAACCGCAGUGUUCGGGGCCGAUUUUCAGGAGAAGCUGAGCCACCAGCGCUACUUCCUGGUGGGUGCUGGCGCUGUCGGCUGCGAGCUGCUCAAAGGCUUUGCCCUGAUGGGCCUGGGGGCCGGGGGCCGUGGGGGCGUGACCGUUGCCGACAUGGACCACGUGGAGCUCUCCAACCUCAGCCGGCAGUUCCUCUUCAGGUCCCAGGACGUUCAUAGGCAAAAGGCAGAGGUGGCCGCAGAGGCCGCUCGCCGCCUGAACGCAGACUUGCGGGUUACCCCGCUCAACCUCCCGCUGCAUCCCAGCACAGAGGACAUCUUUGGGGACGACUUCUUCUCCAGGGUGGACGGCGUGGCUGCUGCCCUGGACACUUUCGAGGCCCGGGACUACGUAGCUGCUCGCUGCACCCACUUUCUGAAACCACUGCUGGAGGCAGGCACCACGGGCACCCGGGGCAGCACCGGUGUGUUCAUACCGCACGUGACGGAGAACUACAGAGCCCCCUCCUCCGAUGCAGCUUCUGAAGAUGCCCCCGACCCUGUCUGCACCGUGCGGUACAUUCCCACCACAACCGAGCACACUGUGCAGUGGGCCAAGGGUGAGUUUGACGACCUUUUCUGUGAGUCUGCCAAGACCAUCAACAGCAACCCAGAAGCACUCUCGUCUCCGGAAGACUUGGUUAAGUCACAGAAGCAGCCCCUGCUGCAGACAAUGCGGGGUGUCCUGACGGAGCGUCCGCAGACCUGGCGAGACUGCGUGCUGUGGGCCCUUGGCCACUGGCAGCUCCGCUUCCAUCAUGGCAUCACACAGCUGCUGAGGACCUACCCACCUGACAGAGUGCAGGAGGAUGGAGCUCCAUUCUGGUCGGGUCCCAAACAGUGUCCUCAGCCCUUGGAGUUUGAUUCCAGCCAAGAUACUCACCUCCUUUAUGUGCUGGCAGCUGCCAACCUAUAUGCCCAGAUGCAUGGGCUGCCUGGCUCACAGGACCAGACUGCGCUCAGGGGACUACUGAAUUUGCUGCCACAGCCUGACCCCCAGAACUUGGACCGCAUUUUUGCUAGUGAGCUGGAGCUGGAUUCACCUUCUGGCUGUAAGCAACUGCAUGAAGACCUGAAGACCUGGAGGAAGGGCCCUCCCCUUGAACCCUUGACAUUUGAGAAGGACAAUGACAGCAACUUCCACGUGGAUUUCGUGGUGGCAGCGGCCAGCCUGAGAGCUCAGAACUAUGGGAUCCCAGCGGCUGGCCAUGCCGAGAUCAAGCGAAUUGUGGGCCGGAUUAUCCCAGCCGUUGUCACCACUACAGCAGCCGUGGCUGGCCUGGUAGGCCUGGAGCUGUACAAGGUGGUGGGCGGACCACGGCCCCUCCAUGCCUUUCGCCACAGCUAUCUGCGCCUGGCUGAAAACUACUUUAGCCGCUGGGUACCUAAGGCCCCAGACAUCCAGGAGUUCCAUCACCUGAAGUGGACCUGUUGGGACCGCCUGGAAGUGCCUGCUGGGCAGCCCGAGAGAACCCUGGGGUCGUUGCUGGCCCUCAUCCAGGAGCUCCAAGGACUGAGAGUGACGAUGCUCCUGCAUGGGUCGGCCCUGCUCUACUCAGCAGGAUGGUCUGAGGAAAAACAGGCCCGGCACCUGUCUCACAGGGUGACAGAUCUGGUGAAGAAGGCGCCUGGGCAACGAGUGCUGGUAUUGGAAGUUGGCUACGAGGGUGAGGAGUAUGACACUAACUUUCCACGCUUGCACUACAAGCUGUGACAAGGCAGGAGCCCCACCACCCAGCUCCAUCGAGCCCUACGUCCCGAGCCCUGCAUCCCAAGCCCACAGUAGGCACUCAAUAAAUGCUUGUUGAAGGAA